CAUACACCAAGCCUGAUACAUUGGUGUAUUAAUCAUGUUUAAUAAACAUCUUUUCAUAUUUUCAAUUUUACUCUGUUUAAGUGUAAGUGUUGUGAGUGGAGUUAUUUCAAGAGGAUUUAAGAAAACUGUUUUGCCUGUUAGCUCAGUAGAACUACAGAAAGUGGCAGACUUGACUCCGAAAUCUAAAACUGAUUGCCUGUUUGCAUGCAUGUCUGCAAUGGUCAGAGGUGUUGACUGUGAUGUUUUUACUUUUGAAAAUACAACAUCAACAUGCUAUACAGGAGUACAAAAGCAAAUAGAGAUAAGGGAAUUGAAAAAGGCUUUGCAGACAGAAAAAUCUAUGGAACUAUUUGUUGCACAUUUUGAAAAUGAUUGUAAAGUACUUGAUGAUCCAGCUAAUGGCAGAUUUAAUUGCUAUAUGGGGAGAAACCCAGAAAGAUGUUUUCUUGUCUGCAAUCCAGGAUUUGUGCCUAAAAAGUACAGAGGAGUUUACUGCCAAGUGUUUGGAAACUCUGCUAGGUGGAAUGUAACCUCUGAGGAGUUAAUUUGUCUGCCUACAACAAAAAUUGCAAUACUUGGAGGCUGGUUUGAUAAUCUGGGCAGUGUGAAAACCUUAAAAGUACUUGAUGUGGCUGAUACCAAAAAUCUUGUGAUGACAGUAUCUUCUACCACUAAAACCUUUACUGAAACUAAAUUGGAAUAUGUAAUGGGAUCAAUUGUGACCAUUUGUGGACUAAAUAUGGAAAUGGAAAUGUAUACUUAUGUUAACCCAGAUUUUAUACUGUCUGAAACAUUGGAGAAGAGCUGGAGUAACUUAACGUCAUCUGUAAUAGUACAUGAUAGGCUUUACUUGACAGAUCAUAGAGAUGGAUCAUCUAUAUACUUUAAAGAAAACCUUCCUGGAAUCCCAUUUCAAGGACCAACCUUUCAAGUAGAUGGAGGACACACAUGUGUUGUCAGACAUGGAGACAAGUAUUUUCUGUUAGUGAGUGAAACGUCUGUAAGAUUAUAUGAUAUUAUAACAGAUACUGUAACAGAACUGCCACCAGUCCCUGUUGCUAGUCCAAGAUGGGGCUUCUCUUGCACCACCUUUAUGAAUACGACCUCAGGAGAGGAGCAAGUACUUGUUACAGGAGGUUACUCUUAUGAUGAAGCUACUCAAACAAGAAUAUAUAGAGGUUUUUAUAUGAAAAUUUGA